UCUCCACUAGUGAUCAGCUUCAUAAAAGUCUAUAGAGGUCAUGUUGAAAGUUGACGUAGUUGGGAACAAAAAAAGGAAGAGGUGUGGGAAGGUUUUCAGGUUCAAGAAUUUUGGUGAACCUGGAUACCCUGUUAUGUUUAAUGGGCCAUUUCGUGAGAACGUGAAUGCAUUACUUGAAUAUGCAAAUUUGGAGAGUAAUUUAAGCAUGGAAAUGCCAAUGUGGUCUUUUCAACUUGAAGUUCAUCACCACCCACCUUUGCAUAUCUUGUUGUUUGUGAUUGAAGAGCCAAUAGAGGCAGCAUUGAAUCGUCACUGCAAGCAUUGUCAAUACGUUGGCUGGGGCAAUCAUUUCAUUUGCAAUAAGAAGUAUCACUUUGUGUUGCCCUCAAAGGAGGCACUGGCUACCUGCACAAGCUGUGAAGGUUGCUGUGAUGCAGUUACUACAAUUAAUAAUGGUAAGUCCAAAUUAAUUGAAUUACAGGGUCAUAUGAUGCAUGGUGUUUUUCACUCUAAUGGAUUCGGGCAUUUGCUUUGUAUCAAUGGAUUGGAAAUGGGUUCGAAUUUGGCUGGGAACCAGAUCAUGGAGUUUUGGAACCGUUUGUGCUACGGAUUGCAAGCAAGGAAGGUGAGUUUGAAUGACAUUUCACAAAAGAGAGGAAUGGAACUAAGACUUGUGAAUGGAAUAGCAUACAACGAGUCAUGGUUUGGCCAUUGGGGUUACAAAUUUGGUCGAGGAUGCUUUGGUGUAACUCAAUCCAUGUACCACAAGGCCAUACAAGCAAUAAGAAGCAUGCCAUUAUACUUAAUCAUACACCACAUUGCCAAUUCCAACCAUGGCAUUCCACUCAUAUUCUCAAGGUACCAAACACUUUCAGAUCAAUCCCUAGUGACCCUUGGUGACCUAUUUUGUUACAUGUUAGACCUUAAAUCGCGCCUUCCUCGUGAAACAUGCAUUAGUUCCUAUAACACAAAUACCUUAGCAGUCGAGACCAAUUGUCGUUGGUCCCCUAAAAGGAUUGAGAUGGCAACAAGGGUAAUUGUUGAGGCCUUGAAAAGAACAAAGUUUAGAUGGGUUUCAAGGCAAGAAGUUAGAGAUGCUGCUCGUGCAUACAUUGGUGACACAGGAUUGCUAGAUUUUGUAUUGAAGUCACUAGGGAACCAUGUUGUAGGAAACUACUUGGUUCGUCGAAGCUUGAACCCUGUGACCAAAGUCUUGGAAUAUUGUUUAGAAGACAUUUCUAAUGUGCACCCUUAUGAUAAUGAAGGCUUGGUUAUGAGUAACAAAGUGAAGGACAAGUAUAAGAUCACAAGGGCUCAACUAAUGAAGGACAUGCUUUAUUUGUAUAAGUACAUUCUUAUAGAUCCAAAACCAAUGAUGGGGUCAGAAUUUCUCUCGGCUAUACCAUUGGCAGCAAGGAUAAUUCUUGAUACCAAGUAUUUUAUAAAAGAUUACUUUGGAGAUAUUCCUUACCAGGUUGAAUUAGGCUCGAAUGAUAAACUCAACCUUUAUUGUACAAUUUGGUUGAGAAACAAUGUUGGCAGUGAUGAGUACUUAAACAAAGCCAUUAUGCCACCCCAUGAAUGUUUCACAUUGAAAAGAAAUGCUACUAUCAAUGACUUGAAGCUAGAAGUUGAAAGGAAUUUUAGAGAAAUUUAUUGGGGGUUAAGGAGUUUUGUAGUGGAAUCAUUUCGGAAUUUAAGUGUCAAUAAUGAGACAGAAAUGGUUUUUGGUCUAAUUGAAGUGGGUGGAAAAGUUGUGCUUGAGGGUUGGCAAGGUGACAUAGGAAUAAACAUGAUUGAGCAAAUAUGUGAAAGUGAUCCGAACAAUGGUAUAAUGGAUUGCACUUGUGGAACUAUAGAAGAUGAUGGUGAGAGGAUGGUCUCGUGUGAUAUUUGUGAAAUUUGGCAACAUAGUAGGUGUGUUCGAAUUCCAAAUGAUGAAGAAAUUCCUCAUAUUUUUUUAUGCAAAAAGUGCGAGCAAGAAAUUGUCUUGUUUCCUUCGUUGCCAUAG